AUGCGUCCGACCGUGCGUCUCUGCGUCCGACCGAUCCCGCUGUCGUCGAUCCCUCCGCUCCUUCUCCGUCUCCCUCCUCAAUCCUCCCCGACCUCCCACCAAGCCGAACGAAGACGACUCAAGCAAGCGUCACCGACCAUGGAAGCCCUGGCCAAGAAGUUGGCGCAACGAGCAGCGCCGCUGGACAACUUGAGGCUGCACGCCUAUGUACCCAAGAGGAAGGAAUGGGAGGGAGUCGCUUCGAAACAUCGCGUAUUGGUCAGUUGGGCCAAGGUCGUGCACGUGGGAUUUGUAGACUCAACUGAUCUUAGACUUCUUCCUACAAACCAGCUGCAACGAUUGAGGAGGGAAGCCUGA